UUUGUUGUUUCGUCUUCGCAAAGGCAAUCAAUCGAUACUGUUAUUUUGAUUGAGUCCCAGCGGGAGAUGUUUGCCUACCUCUUCGAAAUCGUGUAUCUGGUGGCGUUCCUGACGCUGGUGCAUUCCCAGCAUCGGUUUGGUUGCGACGAGGAUUACUGCUCAAAACAAGUGGCUCCCUGUCGGCCAAUCAAUUGCAAAAAUGGCAGGAUUCUAAAAAAUGCGACGAAAUGUGGUUGCUGUGACAUUUGCGUAGAAAGCUUAAAGGAGGGUGAUAAAUGCACUACUCAUGAUUAUGGCACCAUUCCAAGGCAAGAAUGUGGACCUUCAUUAACAUGUCAUAAAAAGGAGAAAGUAUGUGUACGUGUAUCAACUCAGUGUGUAAAGGAUCAACAGAAAUUAGACCAAGAAUCUUCAACUGGAAAGUUAUUUCAAAGGCCGAAGCCAAAAUGCGAUGACUUUGGACUGUAUGAGGCUAUUAUCUGCAUACCUGGAGUUCUGUGUUACUGUGUCGAUAAAUAUGGUACGAGAAUAUUUGGAACGGAUGUCUACAAAAUGAAAGACUCCAUGAGUUGCAACUGCAGCAGAGAUUUUCAAGAAUUCCCAAGAGAUAUUCCAAACGGAGACUUUCUGCGCUGUCUUCCCAACGGCGAUUACGAUCCAUUGCAAUGUACAGAAGAUUUCUGCUAUUGUAUGAAUGAAAAUUCCAACGUUGUGGGUUACAUCGUCCCUGCUAACACGAGCAUUAAAGAAUUAACAUGUUAUGAUCAGACUCGGCACAGGUAUGACGACGCCUCCUUGAGAAGUAAAUGUUGGCGGGAAAGGAACAGGCUUCUAAUACAGAUAGAAGAGUACGAGAGGCAAGGUGUGAAAAUAUUAGGAGUUGAUUUGCCCGAAUGCGAUUUAGAUGGCAGUUACGCGCCAGUACAAUGUAAGAAAGACAGUUGCUACUGCGUGAAGAAGAAUGGAUCGCCAUAUGAAGGUUACCGGGUUCCUAGGAAUUCAAAAGAAGCGAAAACCAUGAACUGUAGAUGCAUCAGGGAAAAGGAAAUGAUCAGUGAAGUGCAGACAAACAGUAAAGAACUGGAAUUUUUCAAAAAAUAUCAGUGUGCACCAAAUGGGAAUUACAAGCAAAAACAAUGCGUGGAGUCGAAAUCUUUUUCUGUGGAUGAAAUGGGAUUUCAGAUCAGCGAUGAAGUCUUACAGAAACCGAUGGACUGUGUUUAGAAGAGAAUAAUUUAGACAGCUAUUCGUUUAAAAAUAAUCUUUUCAUUUGCAUCAAUUCAGAAAACUGUGCGUUUUAUCCAUUAAAGUCAAAUAUUAACAGUCAUAAGUAGAUAUGAUAUUAGAAAUUUCUUUAAGUAUUCAUAUUACUACACAUGUAUGAGUUCAUGAUGGAUUCAAUGCACACAGAAGCGAUGACAGCUUGAUGAAAUUUAUUUUCGCCACAAUGUUUUACAUUUCCUGUACUCUUCAUGCAAAAUUUCUCUUGCAGCUCUUCUUAGUAUGCCAGAGCACAAUCAGUAGUUACUUCUUAAAACUACUAAGAACGUUCAACAAUGCAAAAAGUCUCAAAUGCGUAAUUUCGCACACUGAUCUCUUAAUACUCCCAAUACCCUGAGCUAAACUGAGAACUUAUGCUCUCUGCGGUGCUUAUAUAGUUUUCCUUCGACCACUAAGAAAAUUUCAGUACCUUCAAUUUUUCGAAAUUGUUAAAAGGCAUAUAUACUUACAGUUACAUAGUGCCAGAUACAGUUACAAUUACAUAGGGAUCGGGCCAGUUACACAGGAAUCGGACCAAAAUAUCGUCAACUUUGGCAAUUUUUCGCUAAAUUUGGUGAACAAACUUUUUUUUCCAAUGGUAGAUUGUGAACAAUUACAAAUGUAACCCAGUCCAUUAAUCUAUACAAGGCCGGAUGUGGUGGUCCCUUUAUGAUGGAAGCACCUAAUAGUUGGGCUACCAUCGCCUUUCCUAUGAAGGGACUGACAGCUAAAACCAUGCCUUCUCCGGGAUUGGAACCCAGGCCCUUCGGCAUCGCAGUCAGAUUCCCUGACCACCAUAGCGACUGGGCGGCUUGGUGAACAAACUUAGUCACCAAAAUUAUUGCCAGCGUGCUGCAAUCUCGGCACAGCCGUUUACCUUAUUGUUAAAUACACUUGCCUCUGUAACCUUAUUUUUGAAGCGAAGCUUCGCUUUCUUGAAGCCUUUCAGGUUACAUUGAUACAAAAGAUAUAUUUCAUAUAAUUUCACAAAGUUAUUUACUAUAUACAAAACUAUCAUGUCUGCGGCUGACCCCUAAAGUCGCUGAACACUGGUCGUUCCCACAUGGUUUCAAUUCCAGGUGAAAAAACUGGCUGCAUAGGCUUCCAUGUGUAAGAUGUAUCUUAGCCGAUUUCCCUAAGAAAGUCAUUCACGAACGCAUUCCUCCCCUUAUGUAGAUAGUCCUUGCAUGCUUUGUCAUAAUUAAAUAAACUAAUUCAACAAUAUUAUUCACGCGUAAAAGAUUGAAAAAUUAUCAUAAGCAAAAUUCUAUGUAUAAGAGGUAUGAGUAAAUAAAAAUCCUACUCACACAGAAUCAAUCUAUCUUCCUCUUUAAUUUGCUGAUGUGCAUGAUCCUUUUAUAGAAAUUGAAUUUUUGAUUAGCACAGAUCAGAAUCUGCAUUUCUAAGCAUCUUGAAUUACAUUUAACAAACGUUCAGUUACGAUAUCAUUAAUGCAUGAUAUUCCACAGGGUACAGAUAACGGGAUUUGAGAUUAGAUUGAAACAAAAAGUUUCAUAAUUUUCAAAAACUGUCUAUAAUAACUGAUGUACGAGUAGAUGCAGAUGGGACGAUUAUAAUACUAUAAUAUUUUAAAAAGAAAUGUUUCGUCUUAUAAUUUAAGAAUUAGGAAAUGGAAAAAAGGUUAUUAAUCAGCUGCUUCUAGAACAUUGCCUUAAUUUACAUUUAAAUUUUGGAAAAUAUUUUGUCAAUAAAUAUCUUUAUGAAAUAUGAAACGGAAGUGAAGAGAAACUUAACUCCAAGAACAUGAAAUUUGCACUUUUCUGGAAAACUUUAAUAAUCGUAACUCUUACUUUCACUCUUUUUCCUUUAAAGGGAUCAAUACCUUAUGCAUCAAUAUAAAGAAAAUUUAAUGUAUGAUAAUUACAUUCAUUAAUAUCUUAAAAUGAAUUUGAGUGUACCUGCAUGUAUUAUGGUAUAUAUCAGAAUUAAAUUUAAAUUAUGAUGGGCC